AUGGACUCGGAUCGAGGCAGCGUGCCGCCUGGCGACUCUGAAUAUGGAGAGGAGUGGGCUCAGGAUCUGCGGAUACGCUUCGAACAGCUGCUAAGGACCAAGAGACUGAAUGAAUUGACCGAGAUCUCGCGAUCGAGGCAGGGCUCGCCAUCACCCCGCGAACGAGCCUCUUCUAACGACCUCCGCGCCCCAUCAUCGCCAGGUCUAGGGCGACCAUCGACAUCACACGGUGGACCCUCCGGUGCGACACCCCCAUCAUACUCAUCACUGCGCAACCUGCCUAAGAUCCCUACACCACCCGCAGCGAAUGAUCGCGAGUCACAAAAAUUCCGAAACCUACUCAUCACUUUAUCAACGACCCCGACAAAGUACGAAAACCCAGGCUUGCUUGACGAGGCUCUACAAGUCAUUCCCUUGGAUAGAAUUUACGGCGAGGCCGAGGAAGAGAGUCAGGUGUUGCAAGCACAGGCUGAGAGCAUGGGCGACGGCCGCAAACCUGAGUGGGGCUAUCAGGAUUGUGUCGUCAGAGCUCUAUUGAGAUGGUUCAAGCGCUCCUUCUUCACGUGGGUCAACAAUCCUCCGUGUCCCGUAUGCAUGUCACCUACAAUCGCCCAAGGCAAGACAUCGCCUACCCCAGAAGAGAACGCAUGCGGUGCCCUCCUGGUCGAGCUUUACCGAUGCUCGAAUGCUGGCUGCGGCGCCUUCGAGCGCUUUCCGCGGGCUGUCGGCGGUCGUGUACGCUGGGUUUGGAACGCCGAGGAUCAUGUAUGGACCGAAGUCUACUCCGAACACCAGAAGCGAUGGAUCCACGUCGACGUAUGUGAAGAAGCCUGGGAUAACCCUAGGCUCUACACAGAAGGCUGGGGCAAGAAGAUGUCGUACUGUGUCGCGUUUUCAAUCGAUGGCGCCACUGAUGUUACUCGACGCUAUGUGCGAAAGAGUGAGCACUCUCUGGAGAGAAGCAAAUGCCCAGAGGAGGUCAUGCUUUACAUCAUGCAAGAGAUCAAGAACAUCCGCCGUUCCAAUAUGGGCAAGGAGGAGCGCUUCCGACUAGAGAAGGAAGAUUCUCGGGAGGACCGUGAACUCCGAAGCUACGUAGUGGCAUCCAUUGCACAAGCUGUCACUGAGCUUGUCCCUGGCGCCAGCGAAAGCGGACCGAGCACUUAUCGCGGUGCGCGCAGCCCUGUCCGCGGACCGACAUCGUCGUCCGAAGAUACCAAGUUGCCUGCUGAGCAACCUGGACGCCAGAGUGGUAAUGCGGAUUGGGUUGCUGCACGCGGCGAGAACGGCCGGAGACAACAGCAGCAAUAUCCCCCGCCCCAGGAUCCUUCACAACGACGAGGCUUCCCAUAA